CAUUUCACGCCACCCAUCUCACCAUGAGAGUCAUUUCUAAUCCACCUCCUCUCACCACCACUCAUCCAAUCGUUAGCACGGACAACAGCGGCAAAGAUGCUUCCGAUUCUGCACCACCCAAUGGGGUGAAGAAAAAACGUAGUUUCUUCAGUUCAAACAUUUCAAUCAUACCACUUCCACAACCAGGUCAUACAAUAGCACCUUCUAGUGAUAAAGUGUUA